AGCUUAAGACCGUUAGACAGCCCGAAAAGAGUACUUGAGAACUGGCUUCUCUAAAAAUAAAAAGAUUUUAAUAUUUCUCUUUUUUCUAUUAUCCUUUUCGGCAGCUAGAUAAGUUCCACCACAGUAUUUUGAGAAAAUGUCCGCAAAGGCUACAAAAACUUCCAGGUUAAGAUCUGCACACAGUUCCACAGUUAGCUUUGAAGUUCUAGGUCAUCAACUUCAGUUUUUCCAGGAUCCCAGUUUGAAGCAUUUAGGUGCUACUGUUUGGGAUGCAUCUGUGGUUUUAGUAAAAUUUCUGGAAAGAGAUAGUCGGUUUUCUCCAUCUGAAUUGAGAGGAAAGCGUGUGAUUGAACUAGGGGCAGGUUGUGGCGUAGCAGGAUUUGGCAUGGCAUUUCUUGGAUGUGACGUAGUUUCAACUGAUGUAGCUGAGAUUUUGCUGUUGCUAAUGAAAAAUAUGGAGCUUAACCCUUCCACCAUAAUGCAGAGUACAGCCUCAGAGGUUGCAGAGCUGGACUGGGGUAAUGAAAAUCAGAUGAAGGCCAUUGGCGGUGGCCUUCGAUUCGACUAUAUCAUUGAGACUGAUGUUGUAUAUGAAGAGCAUCAAUUUGAACCACUUCUGCAGACAAUAAUUAAACUUUCUGGACCAGAGACGACAGUUUUGUUGGGGUAUGAAAUCCGAUCAACAAAUCUCCAUGAAAAGAUGCUUGAGAUGUGGAAGAGAAAUUUUGAGGUCCAAGCUGUUCCAAAGGAAGAGAUGGAUGGUACCUACCAACACCCAAGUAUCCAGAUUUACAUAAUGUGCUCAAAAAAACAAGCAAAUGCUUCAGAAAUUGGAGUCAAUCAAGAUGAUGUAAAUAACUAAGAAAAACAUGUAGUGCAACUACUUUUAUUUACUUUAUAAUAAUGUAACAUUUAAAGUCACUUUCUUAUCAUUGUCGCUGAAAUGCUUUGGUCUCUUAA